AUGGCCGACUUCGUCAAGCUCAGCAUCUUCGGCACCGUGUUCGAGGUGACGACGCGCUAUGUCGACCUGCAGCCCGUCGGCAUGGGUGCCUUCGGCCUCGUCUGCUCCGCAAAGGACCAGCUGACGAGCACGAGCGUGGCCAUCAAGAAGAUCAUGAAGCCCUUCAGCACGCCCGUGCUCAGCAAGCGCACGUACCGCGAGCUCAAGCUGCUGAAGCACAUCCGCCACGAGAACAUCAUCUCGCUCUCCGACAUCUUCAUCUCGCCGCUCGAGGACAUCUACUUCGUGACGGAGCUGCUGGGCACGGACCUGCACCGGCUGCUCACGAGCCGGCCGCUGGAGAAGCAGUUCAUCCAGUACUUCCUGUACCAGAUCCUGCGCGGCCUCAAGUACGUGCACAGCGCUGGCGUCGUGCACCGCGACCUGAAGCCCUCCAACAUUCUCGUCAACGAGAACUGCGACUUGAAGAUCUGCGACUUCGGCCUGGCGCGCAUCCAGGACCCGCAGAUGACGGGCUACGUCUCGACGCGCUACUACCGCGCGCCCGAGAUCAUGCUCACGUGGCAGAAGUACGACGUUGCUGUCGACGUCUGGUCUGCGGGCUGCAUCUUCGCCGAGAUGCUCGAGGGCAAGCCGCUCUUCCCGGGCAAGGACCACGUCAACCAGUUCUCGAUCAUCACCGAGCUGCUCGGCACGCCGCCGGACGAGGUCAUCAAGACGAUCUGCAGCGAGAACACGCUCCGCUUCGUGCAGUCGCUGCCAAAGCGGGAACGGGUGCCGUUCUCGCAGAAGUUCCGCAACCAGGACCCGCUGGCGCUGGACCUGCUGGAGAAGAUGCUCGUCUUCGACCCGCGCACGCGCAUCACGGCCGCCCAGGCAUUGAGCCACCCGUACCUGGCGCCGUACCACGACCCCACGGACGAGCCGGAGGCCGACGAGCCGUUCGACUGGAGCUUCAACGACGCAGAUCUGCCCGUCGACACAUGGAAGGUGAUGAUGUACAGCGAGAUCCUCGACUUCCACAACAUCGACGAUGCAAAUGGAACAGCAGCAGGUGCUGUGCCGCCGGUGGCGAACUGA